UUGACAGCUGCUUUGCUGAUAUUGUUUUCCUUUAUUGGUUAUAUUGUAAAACUAAAUUUAGAUUUUAUCCGCAGCUUUUUAUUAAGAAAUUGCAAAAUGGUGAAAAAUAAAAUGAUUGCUAAGAGCUGCCCGAAGUGUCAUUCUCAGGUGGCAGUCGCCUCGAAAUCCUGUAAGUGCGGCCACACGUUCUUCGCGGCGCGGCGCGCGGCCGACGCGCUGCCCGCCGUGGAGGAGAUGCGCCGGCGCACGAGCCGCGUGUGCCGCGCGCAACCGCAGUUCUACGACGCGGUGCAUUACGAGAAACAGAAGAAACGGUCACCUAAAAAGAGAUCCUUGUCGCGGUCAAUAGAUGAAGAAUAUAAAAAGGAAAAGAGUGAAUCAGCGACGGCGCGCGCUCGGCGGCGGCGGGCGCUCCGGCGCGCCGCGCGCGAAGCGCCGCCCGCCGGGGAGCGCCCCCGGGACCCCACGCCGCAACUCCGGCCCGCGCAGCUCGCUACUUGCGCGCUCAUACUACAGGAGAUCAACCGUAAAAUGCAGUGCGUCACGUGGCAGCCGCAGCCUUAGUUCCUGUCGUGCCAACAACGACAACAACGUA